AUGGCUGGUGUUAUUCAGUUCGGAGACGCGAUCAAGUUUGCUGAGAUUGCCUGGACCGUUUGGCAAUAUGGAUGGGCAGACGUGAACAACGCAGGCAAGAACUAUCAUGACUUUGGUGCCGACGUCCUCACACUUCACAAAAGCCUUCAGCACCUUGAGAACGCCGUCACAAGGGCUCAGCAGUCUCUACACAGCCAUGGGGUGCGGGACAAUGACAACCUAUGUUGUGACCAGGACUCGUUAAUGGAAGUCGUUGGAGAUUACAAUGCCACUCUGCAAGAAUGCAAUCAGCUCCUCCAGGAUAAUAAGCGCUACGCCCAGACAACAGGCCCUAUCAAGAACAUUGAGUGGAACAUGAGUAUCAUGCCCGAGGUCGAACGCCUGAGAGGUAGGAUCCAGAUGCACACCUCUCGCAUCCAACAUAUUCUCAAGCCCUUCGAGAUCGACUUGUUCACAAACAUCCACCAAGAAUUGAAUCGGCGGUUCAUAUCUAUCCAUAGGGAUUUACGAGGCAUCAGGGAGACUGUGGAUUCCUUACUCAAACACCAGAAUCCCAGCCUUGCAAACGAAAUCGAGCAGCGACGUGAGAAACAGAUUUGUUCUGUCCAAAUAUCAGACUCGUUGUUGGGCAGGUUAGAGCGUAUGCUGAAUCGACGUCAGUCUACGAGGUUGCCGAUGAUGGCCGACUGUUUUCUCAUUCAUCUGAGAAGGGCCACACAACAACCUCAACACGACCCGUAUAGCGUCCCCAGGCAUGUAUCGGUGCCGAACUACUUGCCUUUUGCUAAGUGCCAGCUAUUGAUGAAUAGGAUGAAGGGACUCCAUGAGCUGCGCAACCCGCAGUGGUCUUCAUAUUGGCCUGGGUACAUCGGCGGGCUUGAGGAAAAACUGUCAGAAGAAUACUCCCGGAUUCAGAGUCAGAUCGUCGCACCUGACACUUCGACGGUCAAUGAUGAGAUGCUUGCUUUUUGGCCAGAGGACGAACCUCAGACGUCGGAGGCACCGACAUCACCAGCAGUGGAAUAUAACUGUCUGUUCCAAGGCACUUUGGCGACUCUGUCGCCUUAUAUACGCUGGCGCGAUGUAAAACUAUUGCGACAUCCGAGAUCCAUUAAUCGCUUCAAAAUAAUCGAGACGUUUGAGUGGAAGAAGCAACAACGAAGCACGGAUUCAAGGGUGCUCGAAUUCGACCUUCGAUCUGCUGUUCUCAUUCCAUUGUAUGCUGACCCGACGGCGCCAUUGGAAAUCAUCAUCAAAGCCAAUGGAUUACCGCACCACUACGUCUUCCUUUGUUUGCAAGAUGUUUUAGCGUUCCAGGCGUUUAUAACAGGCUUCAAGGUUAUGGACGGCUACAUGGAGUCUCGAGCAAUAGCCAAGUUCAUGGUACGUGGGACUUUGGGACCCCCCGAAGAUGUGACCAUACAAGUAUGGAUACCGAGAGAGUGGACAGAUAAGGAUGAGCCAACAACGAAUGAACCACCUGACGACCCAAUAGGUCGGGGAUCUGGACAUAGUUCAUCUACGCCGUCACUUGUGGAGAGGAGUUCGGGGUGGAAUGGCUCAAACUACAAGCUACAGAGGUCACAGAGCAUACCCACCACUGGCUUUCAACCCUCAACCUUGACGAACGGUUCAUCUAGUACAGCCACUUCCUCCAGAAGGACUUCUUCGACCACCCAUGAGCAGUGUCGUCAGCCAGACCGUCAAAGCCGCUCCGGUAGCAUUUCUUCCCACUGGUCCAACACUACAAGUUCCUCUGGUAUGAGCUACAGCAGCCCGAGCUCUCAACAAAGUGUCAACGUCAAUGGUUGUAGCACUGGUACAGGCUAUGGAACAAUCCGUACCCGUCCUCGCAGUCCGCUCCUGGUGCUUUUCACUGGACCCAAAGGCCCUGAGUCCAGGCGGUCCAUCGUCGCUAUUACGCUCGACAAGGGGACGGUGCCUGACUGGAAUUCAUGCAAGUGUGCACGCUGGCCCGCUGAAUGUCGUAUCACAGCUCUGCAAAACGAACGAGGGCGGUUAGAAGCCUGGAGGUUCGACGGUGACACGUGGGAUCUUCUACGGCUUGCGGUGGCACGACAUGGCGAGCAACGUCGCUGGGAUGGACUUAUUCGCGUCAGCAUUGGGUUUGCCCACCCUGAUGUGCGAAGAAAAUUUGGUGGCGAGCCUUGCAAGUGUUAUAAGGUGACGGAAGGCGAAGUCGAGGCUUGUCACCUACAGGGGCACCAAGGCCUCUUGGGGGUGGUGAGGGAUUUCCACCGCCGGUUGUUGACACAAUAUCGUAACCAGACUGACAGCCAGGUGGACGUGGUGAAUUGUACGUCGUAUGGAUAA